AUUCAUAAAAAUGGAUUAGCCCGAUUAAACGAAUUCAUGACUGUUUUAAUGCGUAAAUAUAUUCUGAAGCUAUAAAACUCCUCGGAAUAUAACGUGUAUGAAUUUGUGGAUAUUUUGUAUGCAUUUUACCUCUAAGUGCAACAGUGUAUAAUGGAUAGCGAAGACAUAACCAGGGAACAAAUUGAUUUACCCAAACAAUGGGAAGGAAAACUGGCGUAUUUAUUACAUAAAGUUUUAUCCAAAAAGGAAUGUGACGCUCUAAUCAAAAAGGCGGAGGAUAAAGGAUUUGAACCAACAUUUUUAAACUGUAAAGGAAGACGUGGAAGCUAUAAAAUAGAUGAGUAUGGAAAUUGUUCACGUUGUACUCUGGAAUCAAAAGAAGUUGCAGACACGAUGUGGAGACGAGUUGGUAAUCUAAUUCCAGAAAUAUGGAAUAACAGAAAAGUUGUGGGUUUGACUGAAAGAAUAAGAGUGUUGAGGUAUAAUCCGGGUGACAAUUUUCAUCCCCAUUUAGAUGGAUCUUACGUCAGUGAGGAUGGAGACAGAAGUUACAUGUCAGUACAGGUUUAUCUCAAUCAAAAUUUUGAGGGUGGCAACACUACAUUUCUGUGCAUGUUAGAGGAAGAUAAAACAGAAAUUAUCCCACAAACAGGUUCAAUGCUGAUAUUUGAGCAUGAUAUCCUACAUGAGGGAUCCAAGAUUCUGUCUGGUAGAAAGUAUGUCCUCCGUACAGAUGUGAUGUACUCCAGUCAAAUUAUACCCAAAAAAUCCAAACUGUCGAGACUGUGUCAUCUCUUUAAAACUUGAUCAAAAUAUAUAUAACAACGAUGAACACCAAAAGUUAGAUUUGCUUAGAUACUAACCAGAAAAAUAAGAUUUAGUACAUUUACACAAGUUUGUUGCAAAAUAUGUAUUCAGUUGUAAAUUCAACUCAAUACUAUUUUUUAAUUAAC